GGCAGCCGUUGGUUGUGGCGAGGGCGGCGGGCGCGGGGCCGCCAUGGAGGGCGGCGGGAACUCCAAGGGCACCGGGCUCGGCGGCCUCUUCGGCGCCGGCGGGCUCGGCUACUCGCACGCCGACCUGGCCGGGGUGCCGCUAACUGGGAUGAGCCCUUUGUCACCGUAUUUAAACUUGGACCCCAAGUACCUAGUGCAGGAUACAGAUGAGUUUAUCUUGCCCACAGGAGCCAACAAAACUCGAGGCAGAUUUGAGCUGGCCUUUUUUACCAUUGGAGGAUGUUGUAUGACAGGGGCAGCAUUUGGUGCACUGAAUGGUUUGAGACUUGGCUUGAAGGAGACACAGAAUAUGGCAUGGUCAAAACCUAGAAAUGUACAAAUUCUAAAUAUGGUGACAAGGCAAGGAGCAUUAUGGGCUAACACUCUGGGAUCACUGGCUCUACUUUACAGUGCAUUUGGAGUCAUCAUUGAAAAGACACGAGGUGCAGAGGAUGACCUGAACACCAUAGCUGCUGGGACCUUGACAGGAAUGCUGUACAAAAGCACUGGCGGAGUGCGCGGGAUUGCGCGAGGCGGGAUCGCAGGCCUGACGCUGACCGGCCUCUACGCCCUGUACAACAACUGGGAGCACAUGAAGGGCUCCCUAGCCCGGCAGUCCCUGUGAGCAGGGCAGAGGACACGCUUGCUUAGUCACCAAUCAAAUCAGUUGUGAGAUCUA